AUGGCGUCAAACAAGGAUAUGAGGAGGGCGGAUCUCGGCACAAUGUCAAGCACAAUGCCUAUGGCGGCGAUGUUCACUCGGAACAGGGUGGCUUUUGUCUUUUCGCUCCAGGGUUGGCUCGGCGAGUCCACCGAACAGAAGAAAACGGCUGCAACCCCAGCUUACAUGUCGGUCCUCAUGUCUUUGAUGGCUCUCGUUGUGACAUAUUUCCCUCUGUUUUUACCUCCACAGGGAAAGACCGCGCCCGCCGCUGCUAUGCCAUCUGCCUGA